UGCCAUCCCACACAUCCUCCCGUCAAUGAGCCGAUAAUGUCUUCCUACUACCACUACAACGCUCACCAACACCCUACUCCCGUCGCCGCCCAGGCUCCCUCCGCCUCGCAUCACAGCGGUCGUGGGCGUCGAGCGCCUCGCUUGUCGCAGAAUCAGCACAAGCACCAGCAGUUCAGGAGCGUGAGGAAAGACGAGGAGGCCGUCGCCGUCUUAAAUUUCCGGCAACGCUUCGAGGCCGGUCGGUCCUUCGAUCUCGACGAUGACCUCGAGUUCUGUCCAAACCUGCUCACCGAGACCGACAUGGUGUCGAUCCAUUCGUCGUCGUCGGAUCGCUCGUCGCUGUCGAGUGGCUCGCCCGAGAGCUCCCCCCAGUCCCACCAGGUGACCCCCGAUGCCCGCUUCUCCCUCAACUCCAGCUCUCUCCCGUACGUCCCCGCGUACCAGAGUCAGCCAGCGGCGCUCAAGAUGCAUCAACCUGCUGCUACUCGGAUCCGUAAUGCCAUCCCGAUCGUCAACCCCAGCACGGGCAUCCGCAUGUCGAGUCCGCCGCACUCGGUGUCGCCCGCCAGGAUGCAGCAACAAUCACUCGGCCGACGCUGGUAGACCCGCCCUGCUUUCUGUCCACACCGAUGCAGAGUUGGGUCUGCCAUCCUCGCAAAAAUGAUUGUUCUUCGCAUCCUUAUCUCACCUAUCCUGGCGGGCACCACCCUUCGUUCGGCUUCGAUUAUCCUCUAGUAACGGCACAUUCACUUCAACGAAUUCUUUUGUAUAAAUCCAUC